CUCCGUCGGCCUAGCCCGGAAGCACUGAAGGGCACGGGAGUCCAGGCCGCUCUUCCGACCUGGAGGGCACGUUCCUUACCUGCUCUUUCGUCCGCUCAGGCGGAGCUUCCCCGAGCACAGCCGAGUUUGACUGUGUGUCGGUCUCUCUUCUGAGUUUCAAUAAAGUUUUCCUCUUCUUCCCAUAUACGGAGCUCAAGAUGGCGGCCUCCUGGUCGCCCUUGGUUACCCUGCACUCCUUAGCGCGGAGCCGGCUGAGCCGGAGAUGUGUUGGGUGCGGGGCCUGGGCCGCCGCUCUUGUUCCUCCCGCCACCGCCCCAGGGAAGCCCCUUUGUAAAGCGUAUAUGGUACAGCUGCCUGAGAGUGUGACCCCAUCUGCUGCUGCUUCCAAGGCCUGUUUGAAAGCUUUGGCUGUUUGUCAUGGACCUCUGGAUCACUAUGACUUUCUGAUCAAAGCUCAUGAGCUAAAGGAUGAUGAACAUCAAAGAAGAGUGAUCCAAUGUUUGCAGAAAUUACAUGAGGACCUUAGAGGAUACAGCAUAGAGGCAGAAGGUCUUUUUUCAAAGCUUUUUUCAAGGAGCAAACCUCCAAAGGGCCUGUAUGUUUAUGGAGAUGUUGGUACAGGAAAAACAAUGGUGAUGGACAUGUUUUAUGCUUAUGUGGAAAUGAAGAGGAAAAAACGGGUCCAUUUUCAUGGUUUCAUGUUAGAUGUGCACAAAAGAAUACACCGCCUUAAAAAGAAUUUGCCAAAAAGGAAACCAGGAUUCAUGACUAAAUCGUAUGACCCAAUCGCUCCCAUAGCUGAAGAAAUCAGUCAUGAAGCCUGUCUCUUGUGUUUUGAUGAAUUUCAGGUCACUGACAUUGCUGAUGCCAUGAUUUUGAAACAGCUUUUUGAAAAUCUGUUCAAAAAUGGGGUCGUUGUUGUGGCAACAUCUAACAGACCACCGGAAGACCUCUAUAAAAAUGGACUCCAAAGGGCUAACUUUGUACCAUUCAUAGCUGUCCUGAAGGAAUACUGUAAUACAGUUCAGCUAGAUUCUGGGAUAGAUUACCGGAAAAGGGAACUCCCAGCUGCAGGAAAACUCUACUACCUCACAAGUGAAGCUGAUGUGGAGGCUGUCAUGGAUAAGUUGUUUGAUGAGCUGGCUCAGAAACAAAAUGAUUUAACUAGACCAAGGAUUCUAAAAGUGCAAGGCAGAGAGCUGCGGCUGAAUAAAGCCUGUGGAACCGUUGCCGACUGCACAUUUGAAGAGCUGUGUGAGAGAUAUCCUAAAUGUCACCUUUCAUGCUGCUUAGCCCUGAUUUUCAAGCCACUUGGAGCCAGUGACUAUUUGGAACUAUCUAGGAAUUUUGACACAGUAUUUUUACGAAACAUUCCACAAUUUACGCUGGCAAAGAGGACUCAAGCUCGAAGAUUCAUAACUCUCAUCGAUAACUUUUAUGAUUUCAAGGUGCGCAUAAUUUGCUCCGCAACGACUCCUAUAUCAAGCUUAUUUUUGCAUCAACAUCAUGACAGUGAGUUGGAGCAAAGCAGAAUACUGAUGGAUGAUUUGGGACUGAGCCAGGACUCGGCAGGACUCUCUAUGUUUACUGGAGAAGAGGAAAUCUUUGCAUUUCAGCGCACAAUUUCCCGACUCACAGAAAUGCAGACUGAACAGUACUGGAAUGAAGGGGACAGAAGCAAGAAGUAACUGUCACUUUCACAUGAAUAAAACGAGACAAAUGGUUAAUGCAGAGAGAACUCUGUAUUGUGAGACUUGAAGGAAUCAUUUUCUCAUCAUUAAUUAUGCACUUUGUCCUCUGGACCAUUUUAAUCUAAAAUUACUGUCAAAGAUUUAGUGGAUUAGUAAGUUAAAGACUUACCAUUUUCAUAGAUGUACUUUUUGCCUAUUUAUGUGGCCUUAUUUCUGCACCACAAAAUUAAAAUCAUCACUCCUGAAGAUUACUGUAAAAGUAGACAUUUUAGCUUCACAUUGAACUACUUGAAUGAACCUUGAAUGCAUAAAUAUACAGUAAAUACAAAUUGUCUGGAUAGCACCAAGCUUUUGUGGCAUGGUGAUCUCACCUUAUGAAAACAUCUUUUAUAAGAGGGUAAAGCAAAAAAUAAACCAUUUCAAUUCAAAACAAAUCCUUCUGAUCUUAUUAUAAACUGAAGGGAAUAACGUUUUAGAAUAUAGGCUAUGUGUGUGAUUCUUCAUAGGUUUUUGUCUUUGAAUUAUUAUCAACCCUCUAGGCCUUCAGGUUUCCUUAAUGUCAGAACAAGUGUGACUUUAACCUGGGGUUAAGGUUGGCAGGCAGGGCCUUGUCUCAUGGUGACACAGAGUUGCCUGUACAAAGGGGAGUAUGACAGCAUCAAGUCAGGAGCAAGUCAGAUCCCUGCCCUCACCCUCUGCAGGCAGUGGGAGGGCAGGUACCAAGAAAGUAUCAGCGAGAGUGUUGGAAGGAGACAGAGUCACAGACAUCCCAACAAUGCUCAUCAUUGUCAACAAUGCCUUCUUCCACUGUCCAUCCACACCGGCUUUCUUUGCAGAAUGCCACUCCCCACGCUUGCUGCUGAUUCUGCAGAGUUGGACCUAAUAGUAAAUAGGAAAGAACACCCGACAGUUCUCUUUUAAAUAAAAUCGGAUUUUUCCUUCA